AUGCUCGCUACUAUGAUCGUUGCUGCACUGCCUACAAGAAGUACUGCAGCUGCUGUACUGAAUAUCUUAAUAAUAGGAUGUGCAGUGACAUUUGCUACUAGAAUUACAGCGUCUACCGUAGCAUCUACCACUGCAGCUACUACGCAUACUCUCGUAACUACUGUAACUGCUAUAACUACGACCGCAAUUGCUACAAAAUUCGCUGCAGCUACAAUAUUUGCUACUGGAAUUACAGCAGUUGCCUGUUUGCCUGUUUCGGAUAAUGUUACACUUGCUACCAGAACUACCACGCCUUCUUCACUUAGUCGUUGUGAUGUACCUAUUAUUUCAACCAUACCUAGUCCCGUAGCUCACGUACCUACAACUGCAGCUACCAUAUCCACUGCCGCAACUCCUGUGCCUACCACUGCAGCUGCUAAAUCUAUUUCCGCGCUUCCUACCACUCCAUGUGCCACACCUGCUAUCAAAAGUGCGACCGUUACUGUCAAAACUGCUACUCUUACAAGUAGCAUGGCAACCCGUCUUAUGGUACCACCAACUACCACACCUUCUACCAAAAGUGCUGAUGUUACUGUCAAGACUGCUAUCCCUACAAGUAGCAUGGUAACUCUUCCUAUGGUACCACCAACUACCACACCUUCUACCAAAAGUGCUGAUGUUACUGUCAAGACUGCUAUCCCUACAAGUAGCAUGGUAACUCGUCCUAUGGUACCACCAACUACUAUACCUGCUACCAAAAGUGCGACCGUUACUAUCAAGACUGCUACCCCUACAAGUAGCAUGGUAACCCGUCCUAUGGCACCAUCAACAACAACAAUCAAGACCACAACGGCAGGAUUAUGCAGAACCUGUGGUAAUAUAACAGCAAUAGGAGCUGAACCUUUUGCUUAUGGAGAAAGAAAUGGUCAGUUGACGAUCGUUUAUGGAACAGAUAUUUUUGGUUGUCGUAUUGCUAAUCUCAUUUGUGAUGCCGGUCCAUUGACCAGUCAAACAGCAAUAAUUUAUGCAAAUGGAAUGAAAAGCAGUCCAUUUGUAUUGUCACCAAUCGGAAUGGUUCAAAUUACCUUAACUUGUAAUGAAAAUAUCCGAUGGAUAGCACCAAAUUCAAGGAUAUAUAUUUCGAAUGUAACAUGCCUACUUGGAGAUCAUGCAACACCAACGACGCUGUUACCACCACUUACAACACGGAGACCAUGCAGUACAUGCGCAAAUAUCAGAUCUGAAAGAGUAAAAAAUGCUGCAUUAACUGAAAGUGAUGGAAGGCUUAUCAUUCAAUACACAUAUAACGAAUUUGGCUGCCGGGUUGCUACCAUUUUUUGUAAUACCAGUAAUGCAUACGAGGAAGUUUUAAUCUAUUUCAACGAGAUGAAAAAUUCACCAGUUGCUUCAAAUGUAAUUGGCUCUGCAGUGAUUUCAUUGGUCUGUGGUGAUAAUCUACGUUUUAAAGUUGAAGGUUUCCCUGUUAACGUUGAAAGUGUUACUUGUCUUUCACGAGAUAUUAUUACAGCAAUGAUUAUGCCACGUACAACAAUGAUCAUGCCACGUACAACAAUGAUCAUGCCAAUGAUUAUACCAACAACAUCAGCAGUACCACCACUUUGUGCCGCAUGCGAAAAUCUUAAAACGGCGGCACUAAGAUUGAACCCAAAUGAAAUUAAUGGUCCAUUAACGAUUGAAUAUUCAAAACAAGCUGAUGGUUGUCGUACGGCAAAUAUUAUUUGUGGUAGCGUUAAGAGAGGAACUGCUGCAAGAAUAUAUUUCAAUGGUGAUAUUAAUUCACUAUUUAUAUCGGAUAUUACUGGUCGAGCACAAAUACAAUUGAUAUGUGGAAAUGACUUACGAUGGCGAGCAUUUCAAUCAGCAACUAAUGUUGCAAGCGUUUCUUGCAUCGUAAUAGAUGUAUUGCCGGUAUCACGAUUAUUUUCACCAGAAAUGACAAUAUCGCCAUUUGUGUCGAUGCCAACAAGAUUAUUAAGAUGUCAAGCGCAAUGGGCAGCAUGGGAAUCUUGGUCAACUUGUACAGAUACAUGUGGCGCUUAUGGAAGUCGACAACGUUUUCGUGGUUGUCAACAAACUUAUGAGGAUUGCUUUUGUAAUGGGUAUUUUUUCCUUUAA